AAACAAAAUGUAUUCAAAGUAAGUGAUAUAGCCUAGACAUGUUCUGUGGUCUGGUUAUGGCUGAAGGUUGUUUAUGGCCAAGGUGCAUAAGGCAACGGUGUGACAAACAGGGAAGUUCCUCGUGUAAGUGUGUAACAGUCAACACCUUUAAAGCAUCUCAAAAACGCUUUGGUCCAGUGGUUGGCUGUUAAUUAAUAACCAACUAGGAUGACGCUGUGCUUUAAGCUCACGAACGCCCCCCUGUAAAAUUAAAAUCCUUGUGACCAACACUACAGUUAUUGUCUGCGCAGGACCCAGCGUUUCGUCUUACUAAUUUACUUUGAGGUUAUCACCUGAAUGUAAUGUGAUGUGAUGGAUACAAUCAUGGACAAGAGCAUGAAAACGAAUAAAUAUUACCAAAUGCCAAAUGUAAACAAAUCCGAAAACGAACGCAACAAGACAGCGGGACAAACCAAGUGGGCCGUUCGUUGCUUUCAGAACUGGUGCUUCGAACACCUUGGACAAACCAUUGACUUUAAUGCGGUUUCAAAAUCGGAAUUGAAUGAAAUACUCAGGAAGUUCUACCUCACAGUCAAAAAUGGAAGAGGAGAACCGUAUGGAUUCAGCGGUUUCAUGGGUCUGCGAGCAGGGCUCAACAGACACUUGAGUGAGCCACCGCUGUCAUGGUGUUUAAUGAAGGACACUGACUUUAUGUCCAGCAACGAUUUGUUCCUGGGACUGGCAAAGAAACUACAAUGUGAACCUGACCAGUCCCGCCACCAUAAGGAUAAAGCAGAUGGAGAUUUUAUGGAGGUCAUACGCUGGACAGUCCUGGACCCUGGCACACCAGAGGAACCAACGGACGUGGACAGCAAUUCUGCAUCUCUCGCUAGUCUAGAAGUGGACUGCAUGGACUCCGACAGCAAUGGGGGAAACUCCACAGUUGCUCAGGUCACUUUGAGACACGUGGUGGAAUCCUGGAGGAGGCCAGAGUCUGCAGUCACGUUUAAAACUGAGAACGAUGAAGGAAGCUCUAGCCACUCUCCAGACGAGAGCAUCACUCCAGCUGCCGCCAGCUGGCCUACUCCUGAUGAUGACCACGUUCCUUACUUAACGGAGACCCAGAUGAUGGCUCGCGUCCGGCAGCAGCGCUUCACCCAGGAGGAGCUGGACAUCCUAGUGCGCGAGAUCCAGGCGCGCUACCACCGCAUCUACACCAAAGGCCUUCCCUUCGCCAUGAUCCGGCGGGCGUGGGAGGAGGUGGCGGCCGCGGUCACCAGUGCUGGCGUCGGCCCCGUCAGGACCGCCAGCGCGUGCCAGACGCGCUUCAGAGACCUGAAGAGACGCUCCAGGACCAAGCUGGUCGAUGGGGUCAGCUCGACGCUCCCUCAAAGGCCAGAGAGAGGAUCUGUGGGAGAGGACACUCCGUCCGCCAGCACAACAGCUACACCUGCAGCCUCUUCCGGUCUGAGACCUGAUGCCGAAGCGGUGGAUGAUGGGAACGGUGACGCGUCGUUCGCCCCCUCCGCCCCCUCGAGCAGCGUGGACAAUCCCACUCAGGCCCCGUCGAGCCCGGCGGCCGUUCCCAGCCAGUCACGGGAGCCGCUGGAGGUCCGCUUCCGGACGCUGGAGCUGCUUCGGAGGGGCUCGAAGCCGCGUAGCCGCAAGCACUUCACCGGGGAGCAGAUGGACAUCCUGCUGCGCGAGAUCAAGGCCCGCCACCACCGGCUGUACGGCGAGAGCCAGAACCCGCUGCGCUCCGAGGACCGCCGGCAGGCGUGGGAGGAGGUGGCCGCCGCCAUCAACCGCGCUUGCUGCGGACCCACCAGGACCGCCGCCGCCUGCUGCAAGCGCUUCAGCGACCUGAAGCGGCGGCGCAAGACGAGGCUGGGCACGCGGAUGGUGUCCGUGCGUCACGAGGGCCCCAUCAUCACCGCGGCCUUCUCGCAUGCCAGCCCCAUGGGCAUGCGGAUCCUCCCGUCAGUCGGCAUGGAGCUGCUGCAACGGCCAGAGAACACCGCCACAGUCACUCAAGCCGCUGCCAAACCCAAUCCAGCAACACCCACACUAACAUCAACACCAACAUUAAUAACUGCACUUAGCACACCGACCCAAAGAGUCGCACCCACUGUAACACUCACACCUCCAUCCACACUGGCACCAGCAACUGCCCCUGCACCCUCACGAGCAUCAAAACUGGCACCAGCAACUGCCCCUGCACCCUCACGAGCAUCAACACUGGCACCAGAACCUGCACCUGCACUCUCACCUCCAUCCACACUGGCACCAGCAACUGCACCUGCCCCUGCACCCUCACAAGCGUCCAGACUGGCACCAGCACCUGCACCACCUGCCCCCUCACAAGCGUCCACACUGGCACUAGCAACUGCACCACCUGCCCCCUCUCAAGCGUCCACACUGGCACUAGCAACUGCACCACCUGCCCCCUCUCAAGCGUCCACACUGGCACUAGCAACUGCACCACCUGCCCCCUCACAAGCGUCCACACUGGCACUAGCAACUGCACCACCUGCCCCCUCUCAAGCGUCCACACUGGCACUAGCACCUGCCCCUGCCCCCUCACAAGCGUCCACACUGGCACCAGCGCCAGCCGAGCCAGCGAACACCCCCACCCCACCAUCCCCAGCACCGCCUGAGAAGCCUGUAACAGGAGCAGAAGGUGGAGUCCCUGGAGCUUCCGUCGGUCCCCCAGAGGGAGGCAGCACGGGUGGUGUGUGUGUGUGUGAGUGUGUGUGUGCGGGGCGGAGGCGGUGGGAGUCGGAGCUGCUGGAGGUGCAGCGUGGAGGCCUGGCGGUGCUGCAGGGGGAGCUGGGAGCUCUGCGCCGCGGCCUGGACACGCGCCUCCGCAGGAUGGAGAGCCGCACGCACCCCCUCCUGCUCUCCGUUAGCCGCAGCCUGGAGAGGAUCGCCAGCGCCAUGGAGCGCAACGCCCACGCCCACGCCCCUCCAGACACCGACACGCCGCCCAGGACGCCAAGGGGCAGGGCUGUGGUGGAGAGGCCGGCUGCUAGCCAAUCCCGUGGUUCCUCAGAUGUGCGAGGUCGCAAAAGAGGGAGACGUUCCUAAAAAUGAGACUCAGUGAAACGGAGACCCGUGGAGACAGGAAAAGCCUUUUAUUAUGACACAGGAAACGCCUUUUAUUAUGACACAGGAAACGCCUUUUAUUAUGACACAGGAAACGCCUUUAAUGAGAACUGCUGCAUGACCGUGACUUCACAAGGGUCCUGUCAUACUGCGCUGAUCAAAGUGAUCCAGUUCACCCGUGUGAUUCUAUAACUAGGCGAGAUUAGUCAUUUUCCUUGAUUGAGGAGCUUUGUGUAGGGGUUUUCUUUUUUUGUUUGUUAAACACUCAAAACCGCCUAUGCUGUCUUGCCCAGACAUGCACUAAAGUUAAGAGGGGUUCACACUGAUGCAGGUUUUUUCCCCCUCCAGGCGCUCAAAUUAAUUUGUUUCCCUAUGGAGCGGUGCGACUACGCGUUACAACGCGCCUCGUGUUUAUAAAAGCGGUGCACAAGCAGAAAAAAAACCGAGGCUUCUAAAAACGUGAGGCGCCCAAAGAAUAGAAUUAAAAAUAGUUUUUGAGGUUGCAUUCUUUUCAACAAUGGGUUGUGUCAGAAACGGUUGAUAAAGCUAAAAGUUAAGAUAAAGCUAAAGUUAACUAUAGACUCUUUGGUCGUGUCUUAGCUGCCUGUCCUAGCUAAGUCAGGGAGCUAGCGAUUUAGCUAAAUAUAAUGUAUCAUAGCAACAACAUGUACACAAUCAGUUUCUACCUCGCAUGUUUUUAACACUCACUACUUUGGUACAAUACUCACGUUAUGGAGGUGAAAAAAGCUUGUCGUGUGAACGCAGCCUUAGCCUGCAAACCAAUGUAAGAAUAAAAAUAAAGCAUGCACAUCCCAGCUCUAAAGUUGGGUGCUGGAUGACAUGGGCAUAACAAAAUAAAUAAAGGAAGUCCGCCACACCAGUAGCUUCACAUAGAAUUUUUAGUUUGUAACGUUUCGAGCGUUAGCCCUUCAUCAGACACCGUUGGGUUAGCCCUUCAUCAGACGCCAGAAACGUUACAAAGUAAAAAUUCUAUUUGGAGCUACUGGUGUGGCGGACGUCCUUUACCUAUUUUGUUAGCCUGCAAACCAGCCAGAGGGGUCAUCACUCUAGUAAAACCUCUUUGUACCUCAGUGACGCUAUGUGGAAUGCUAUGCAUAGACUCCAUAAAUAAGUGGAUAUACUCUCUGUGACGUUACCCAUAGGUUUUCUGAAGAGGGGGUAUAAAGCUCAAAAUUGGAGACUAUUGCGUUGCAGUCUUUAAGCUAAGUAAAAGGAACUAACAUGCUAAAAAGCUAACAUGCGAGUUGUCCGACAGUCGGUCGUAGUAAUGGAGUUUUCGGUACAGUACAAUGUCUAUUUCUUGCUCACAUUUAUCAAAUUUAAGCAAGAAGAGGACAUUUACAAACCAAACACGCCCGUAAAGCGUCAAUGUAAACAAAGUUGUUUUUUGUCCACUAUUUUUGUUUACAUUGAAUCUGAUAUUGAACUCUCAGCCCAUUCAUAUUUCAUAUUCUAUGCAUAAAUGUCUGUUAAAAUAAUUUAAACUGAAGAGUUAUAAAAUAAUAUCCCUCAGCCCAUGGUUGUCAUGGAAACCAUAUAGUCCAAAUUUGUUUUAUAUAAGCUGUAAGUAUAUUUAUACUGUGAAGUUAAAUUUUAACAUGCAGGUCUGUUGAAAUUGACUCUCUUUUGGAGCCAGCCCCCUAUGGCAGUUAGUGGAAUUGCAGGUAUAGGAUCUUUUGUGUUGGGCUCAUUAUGGACUUCUGUGUUGGUCUGAGUCCAGUAACUAACACAGAGCCUCUUCAAAAUUACGUUUCUUAAAUUAAAUUUGUGAACUUACUGCAGCACAUUAAAAAAAGUUUCAUUGAUGUUGUUUGGGGUGGCUAUGAAUGAAGGAACUAGUUCUGCAAUGAUGCAAGUAAAUAAAAUUGUACAUUUCCUGA